GGCUGUCUGUGUCACGUGGCAGUCUUGUCCAUGCAAAAUCAUCAUGGCCGCCCCCUCUAAAAAACGUGCGAUUGCUGAACGUAUGGAGAUUGAUGCAGAUAAUAACGACAGUGGAAAUUCAAAUAGCGAUGAAGGCGUGAAAACGGAAGGCAGCGAAGAUGAAGCAAUUGGACAAGUAAGACUGAUUGAAAUAGUGGUAGAUUUUGAAGCAAGAGCACCAGAUGACAGUGAUUUCCAUGGAGUCAAAAAGUUGCUCAUACAGUUGUUUCAGAAAGCCCACGUCAAUACAUCAGCCAUAGCUGAUAUGAUAAUUGGACAGAAUUAUGUGGGAAGCAUAAUAAAGCAAACUGAAGUGGUUGAAGAGGAUGAUGAUGAGGAUGGAGAUGAUGAAAUCAACAUUUUUGGAGUUGCUUCUGUGAUCAACAUUUCAGAGAAAAAAGCUGAAGAUUGCAUUAUUCAGUUGAAGACGUGGUUGUUAGAGCAAUGCAAGCAGCAUGAGAGCAAGAAGCUGCCUGCCUUAACAGAAUUAUUGGAGGACAGCAACAAACAGUUGGGCUUCAUCAUUAGUGAACGCUUUGUCAACAUUCCACCACAGAUUGCUGUUCCUACAUAUGAAAGUUUGCGGCAAGACAUGGAACGUGUGAGCAAAAAAGGCAUGAAGUAUAGUUUUGACAACUAUCUCAUGAUCUGUAAGAGUUACAAGCCCAUUAAGAAAUUAGAGACGAUGGUCCACACAGGAAAACCUAAUACCGAGACUGACACAAUAUAUUCGAAUGCUGAAGAAGAGUUAUUUUUGAAGGAAGCAUUGAUCCGAAUUGACUUUCCGAUUGGUGAGGAGAGUGAAACAGCCCUAGGAGGCAAGUGGUCAGCUGAUGACCAGGAGUAUAGAGCACAUCGGACAGCCAUCAUCUUCUCUAGAACAUCACUGGAUACUGUUUUGAAGGAAAUGAAGGGCUUGUUUAGCCACCCACAUUUUCUGAGUACGCUGACCAACCGGCAUCGUCAUCAUGUGACGUCACUUUUUGUUAUCAGAAAGAUGGCGUCGAAAAUCUUGCAGCAUUUGGGCAAGGGGCUGAGACGAACACACUUAGGACUUCGUAACUAUUCGCAAGAGUUGCGCACUGUCACACUUAUCCCUGGUGAUGGCAUUGGACCAGAAAUCUCUGAAGCUGUUAAGCAAAUCUUUGAAGCUGCAAAGGUUCCGAUUGCAUGGGAGCCAGUAGAUGUCACUCCAGUCAAGGCACCAGAUGGACGGAUGGUCAUUCCACAGAAAGCCAUAGAGUCUGUAAACAAGAAUAAGAUUGGUCUAAAAGGACCAUUGGCAACACCCAUUGGCAAGGGUCACCAGUCACUAAAUCUAGCACUUCGAAAGACCUUCAACCUAUAUGCAAAUGUGAGGCCAUGUCGGUCCAUUGAAGGAUACAAGACUCCCUAUGACAAUGUUGACUUGGUGACUAUACGUGAAAACACUGAAGGCGAAUACAGUGGCAUUGAGCACAUUAUUGUUGAUGGCGUUGUGCAGAGCAUCAAACUAAUCACUGAGACAGCCUCAAGACGUGUAGCUGAGUUUGCCUUCAAGUUUGCAGAGUCGAACAACAGGAGUAUGGUCACAGCUGUCCAUAAGGCCAACAUCAUGAGGAUGUCUGAUGGGCUGUUCUUACGCUGCUGCCGCGAGGCAGCAGAGAAGUAUCCCAGCAUCAAGUUUAAUGAGAUGUAUCUCGACACCGUUUGCCUCCAUAUGGUACAGGAUCCCACACAAUUUGAUGUUCUUGUCAUGCCGAAUCUGUACGGAGACAUUCUCAGUGACCUCUGUGCUGGCUUGAUAGGGGGUUUAGGAGUGACACCAAGUGGUAACAUUGGAGCAGCUGGUGCAGCAAUAUUUGAAUCUGUGCAUGGCACAGCUCCUGACAUCGCAGGCCAGGACAAGGCCAACCCCACUGCUCUUCUUCUUAGUGCCUGCAUGAUGCUGAAACACAUGGACCUAACUGAAUACGGCAAUAGGAUUGAGGCAGCGGCCUUCGAAGCUAUCAAAGCCACCGAGACAAGGACAGCUGACCUUGGUGGAAAAGCCACCUGCUCGAAGUUUACCGAUGCUGUGUGUGAAAAAGUCCAGCAGGGUUGAGGAGGCAAGCAUCUUCCUACAGCCUCCCUUGCACUGUAACAGCUGUCCAUCCUUUGCAUUAUUUAUCCCUUAUUACAACUUGACCUAAUAGCAUUACCUAAUAAAUAGUUCUGGUUAAAGUCACUCUCUCCACUCAAUGGAUAUUUUGUGAAGUGAAGUACUCAUUUGGUAUGUAAGUGAUGGCACGGUUGUAAAGACGGAGAAUUGUCCAGUGUUGGUAGGAAACUGCAUCAGUGGUUGAUUGUCACUGUCAGUCGUUAUUAUAGGAAAUGCAUCUUGAUUAACAGGCAAGGCUGUUUGAUAAUAGUUCUUGGGAAACUGAGCAUCUGGUUGCUGUAAAUGUAAGUAACAACUUAACUUAAUGUAACUGUAACUGUAAAUGUAACCACUGUUCCAAAAGAUUACAGAUUCAGUAUGAAUAUAAAGGUGUAUUAUUUCAUUAAAAAUGACACGAUGUAAUUGCUUUAGUUGCGUUAUUCAUUCAAGUUUACAAUCUCUACUGUUGUAUUCCAGCAUGCAAAUGUAUCCUUGCAUGUGUGACAGCAGUAUUUGUUACCACUAAAUAUGACAAUCAUCAAGAUCAUUUCACGUAUUAUCCAGUUUUGCUCGUUAUGCAGUUAUAAAUCUAGUCAAUUGGUGAGUAUUCGAACUAAGAGUUGUGCUGUCACAUGGUGCAUACUGUCUUUGACUCGAUGGUGUAGCCCAGGUGGGUGAUGGAAAAGAGGAAAUUGGUGCUUGCUACAAAAACGAGUUGUCUACAUGAUAUUAUAUAACCAUAUCGUUUCACCACUGAUCUCUCUUGGCCUUACACUAUGUAUAUAUAGACUGGACCUGAUUAUGAUUUUCAGGUUACAGUAGUGUUGCUGUAAAAUGCUGUUCAGAAAUUACUGUGCAUCCGUGUGCUAGGCAAAACCGGCGACUCCUUUCUGUAUAUAACUGGCUGUAUUAUAUAGUAAAAUGUAUGUGCAGACAAGCUGUCAAGUCGUCAUUACUUGUAGUGUGCUUUGCCACAGUAUGCCUUGUUGAUUCGCAAUGUUGUUUUUAGGGAUCUAUUCAUCCCCUGUUGAGUUUUGGGCGUUGUUAGCUAUGUAUCUGGAAAAUGUUAAUAAAUGUUUAUUAAAAUAUU